CUCGCUCUCCGCUCUCCGAUCUCGCUCGCUCGCUACCUGUCGCGGCUGCGCUGCGCUGGCCUGGCCUGCCUCUGCCUGCCUGCCCUCGCUCGCUGCCUCCCUCCCCGCCCCUUUCAUUCUGAGGCUCCAGGCUCGCUCUUGUUGCAGGCUCCGAGCACUCGCCACUCCCUCGCUCGCUCGCUCGCUCAUACUCAUACACUCCACUCCACCUCUCGCCUGCUAAGCGUCCGUUGUUUCAUCUCGCUGUGCUCCCUUGCUCGGCGAGAGCAACGCUGUCGACCUUCUCUUAACGUUUUUAGGGCAUACGCAGAUCGGGAUUGAGCGCAAGCAAAGCGGAAGGGGAGACCGGAGCAGCAGACAAGCAAAGGGCGAUCAAGCAGGCCAACAUGUCAGCUCGUAAACGAACUCUGCUCAAGGUCAUCAUUCUGGGAGAUAGCGGGGUAGGCAAAACCUCAUUGAUGAAUCAAUAUGUAAAUAAGAAAUUCAGCAAUCAAUACAAGGCUACUAUUGGUGCUGAUUUCUUAACGAAGGAGGUUCAAGUGGAAGACAGACUCGUCACCAUGCAGAUUUGGGACACGGCAGGGCAAGAGCGUUUCCAAAGCCUCGGUGUUGCCUUCUAUCGCGGAGCCGACUGCUGUGUCCUCGUCUACGAUGUGAAUGUGAUGAAAUCAUUCGACAAUCUGGAAAACUGGCGUGAAGAGUUUCUCAUUCAAGCUAGCCCAUCGGACCAAGAUAAUUUCCCUUUUGUGGUGCUUGGCAACAAAGUCGAUGUUGACGGCGGAAAUAGUCGCGUGGUCUCUGAGAAGAAGGCAAAGGCAUGGUGUUCUUCAAAAGGCAACAUCCCUUACUUUGAGACUUCGGCAAAGGAGGACUUCAACGUAGAUUCCGCUUUUCAGUGUAUUGCCAAGAAUGCGCUAAAGAACGAGUCAGACGAAGAAAUAUACCUGCCUGACACCAUUGACGUCGCUGGCGUUAGGCCUCCAAAGUCAUCUGUCUGUGAAUGCUGACCUGGCUUUUAGAACAUUAUAGUUCGGCAGUUCCGGCCGCAGAGUUGCCCAGGUUCAUCAACAAGGUUGCGGUGUAAUAUCUUCAGGCAAGUUCGUUCGGAGUUGUCUGGUUAUCAUGCGUGUUGAACAUCGGGGCAUGGAAUGGACACCACAGGAGAGCGAUUAAAUUUCUCAACUAUCCAUUAAAGAAUGGGGUCCUUGAACACAUUAGCCAGGAUAUAUGGUCUUGCAAAGUUGAGGCAGGGUAGCUCUAUCGCUUCAGCAAUUUGGUGAUGUUUUGUACCAAUCUUUUUUCUGUCCAUUUUGUUCUCUGGAAGAAUUGAUUGUAGUCGGUGGAGUCUCUGUACUUUGGUUGAUUCUAGAUUCAGAGUUUUUAUAGCUCCAGGGGGGUUUCUCGCUUCACUUCUGUUAAACUUGUACUAUUCAGUCAAUGGCGGAACCUGGUUUUAGGUCUUUGCACCAGCUUACGUUUGAUGCUCAGGUGUACUGUAUUGUCCUUAAAUCCUUCUCAUUAUAAGGCGCCCAGUUGCUUUUCUGUACCGAAUCCUCUUUUAGUGUGAGCGCCUAAUAUUUGUUUCAACAUCCUUAUAUGGAUGUGCUAAGAUUUUGAACACUUCAGUCACUGAUGUUUCCGGGCAAAUAUUGGUCUUUGCGUGUCCUUGCCAAUCUGUAAAUAGCUGCUCAUCAUUCGAAGCAACUAAGUAUGACUUUGGCCCUUAAGUU